AUGGACAAAGAGCGCUUCAGGCUGCAACACGUGCUUGUGGAAGAUGAGCGCAACCAUGGUCGGAUCGAACUUUACGAAGACCAGAACAACAGUUGCAAGGUGGUGGGCAAGCGAAUCUUUCGGUCAUGGACACUGGAAAGUGCAGAGGAGUUCGCGCAAGCCCACCCAGACUUGCUGGAGAGCCCAUGGAAGGAGGUUGAGAUCAGCCUAGUGCUGGGCUUGAACAAGUCGCAGGCGAAGAACGGAGUCUGCAGGAGUUUUGGAGCCUUUCAAGACCACGAGGGUGACAUCCUGCUGUUCAUGGAGUACAUCAGCGGUGGCGACUUGCAUGACCUGGCAAGCCGAUGCUCCAACAAGCCUGGACCAGAAAGGGAGCAGAAGGUGUGGCCAGUGGUGCUGUCGCUGCUGCGUGGAGUGCGGUGCUUGCACAGCGCCGGAGUGGCUCAUGGCGACAUUUCCUUGGAGAAUGCAUUGCUUGGGCCGGAUGGAGAAGUCAGGCUGAUCGACUUCGCCGCUUCUGCGACAGAUGUGUGGGUGCAGGGCACCCGUGCCAAACCGUCUUACCAGGCUCCGGAAAUGCACAAGAAUGGCUUCUACGACGCCAGGGCGGCUGACCUCUUUGCCUGUGGGGUAUUUACCUACUGCCUCGCCUGUGCAGAUUAUCCCUGGAAGUGCACCAGGCCGCAGCAGUGCGCUGCUUUCGAGUUCUUCAUGACUCACGGGCUGACGGCAUUCCUUCAGAAGAGACGUGUCCGCCACAGCGAUGGCUCGAGAGGGUGA